GAAAGAUGUCUCCCGCGAUCUCAUGUGCUUCGGAGUGGCGUUGUAUGCUUGUAUGGAGGCAGGCCGCUGGCCACAGUGCCUGUCCCUGCUUGAGCAGAUGCGCUUAGAGGAGGUCGAACCCGACAGCAUUGCACUGGCCUGUGCAGCUCAAGCCUGCCGCGAUGGCAGGAACAGGCAGGCUGCGGAUGAGAUCCAGGACGAGAUGCGCCAGCGCAAGCUUGACUACAACGUACCCGAGGUCCUGAACGAGGCCACCCUCGCCGUAGACUUCCCCGAGGUACGAAGUCCGGUACCCCUGGGAGCUCUGAGGCCCAUGGCGCAGAAGGAGGUGCAGCUCUUCAAGUGGAUUAGGCAGCGAGCCACUCCCGGAGACGUGCAGUCCGUGAUCAAGGUGAUCGAAGAGUUUGCAGAGGAGCGGAGUUGGCUGAAAAUCCAGGGGGAGCAGAAGAAGGAGCUUCUGGAGGCGACCCUGCGGCCCGAGGACCGCAUCGUUGAAUUUGGCUGUUACGUCGGCUACUCCUCCAUGGUCAUGGCGCAGCGAUUGCGCGAACUCGGCGGGCGUGGCAGCGUCACCACAUGCGAAGUGGAUGCGGCCAAUGCGUACAUCGCCCGUGGUGUGCUGCAGUUUGCCGGGGUGGAGGGGGAAGUCCAGGUGCGGGUGGGGUGCUGCUGCCAUGCUUUGUGUCAGGCAUGA